GGUGUGGCGUACAGACAGUGACAGCAUUUGACAUCUCUGGACGUGAUUACGAUGUGAAUAUGACAUGAAUUGGUGGACAACUUAACGAGCGGUCAAUGAAUUGGCGAUAAGUUGAGUCAAUUGUGUGACAAUGAGUGCUAACAGUAAGGCGUUUGAGUUGUGGUCAGUGGCCGAGAAGGUGACCAUUGGUGAGAGGGUUAGGGUUAAGGUUGAAUGCAUUGAAUUUCGGGCCAAAAGUCUGUAUUUGGGAACAAAUGAGAGUUUUGUCAUUGAAUUCAAGUACAACUCAUUCACGAAGAGAUGUGAAGACAGUUUGCGAUUCAAAUACUUGGGACUCAAGAAGCCUGUGGUGACCAUAAGAGCCGUCUGUAUUCUGGAGCGCAUUCUCUGUAUCUGUGAUUCAAAUCUAAUCGUUUUAAACCAAAACGAUUUGGAA